AUGGAGGAUAGUUCUCCGGCUGUUAAUAUGAAUAUAACUCCAUCGGUUGAGGAAGAGCUUGAAAGUAAAAUCAAGGCAAAAUAUCCAGGUCUCAACAAACAAGGUGUUGGCUCCCUGUUAUUGCAAAAGCGAUUGAAUCGUGGGCAUAAAUACUUUGAUUCUGGAGACUACAAUAUGGCAAGAGCAAAGAUUUUGCAACAGCAAAAGCAUGUACUCCCUCCUCAAACGGAAGAAGCUAUUCUUCAUGAAUCGACGGGGGAAACUAUGGCUACUCCUGACAGUGUACCUGCGGUUCGUAAAAAAUCCAUUCUAUCUCCAAAUGGUGUUGAGUCUGUGGUUAAUCCUGUCGCUGUUUCCGCUGCAUCGAAGGCUUCAUUAUCCCAUCCAACCGACAGUCUAAGUCUCUUAUCAACAUAAUUACAGUGCAGUGAAAAAUGAACAAUUUUCUAUUUUCAAAUAACUACUUAUCCUUUAUUUCAUGACAGUACACAAAGGCAACACAUAUGUCAUAAAGUAAAAGACUGUUCUUUUUGAACAGGUGGUUGUUUGAGAAUAGUGGGUCGUUGUUUACUUUCGUCCUUGUCUAUUUUUCCUCUCAUGUUCUCUUCUUUUCCAUUACUCAAUUAACUUUAUGAAUUUGUAAAGACCCAUCUACUCUAUCUCUGCCUUCUCUUAAUUGUAAACCACUAUCUAUGUUUUAUUUAUUUGCACAAAAAAUUACCCAAUGCAUUUGUAUCUGGUUAGCAGCACAAAUCCCUAAAAUCAAAAAAGCUAUAUUGAUAACUGUAUUCUGUGCUUUUCCUUGUUGUUUUCUCUAGACCAGUUUAGAUCUUAUCACUAUUAUUAUGUCAAUCUCCUAUUCAUGUGAUUAUAUGCGUAUAUCAUG